AUGUUCUUCGAAGCUUUCGUAGUCUGUCACGAUUCUCAUUCGAGACACCGACCAAUGCGUAUUAGGGGCUGGUGUCGUGCGAGGUGCGUGCUCUCGUCUUUUGUGGGUGAUCAGUCCACGGGUGCUGCGUUUAAGUGCAUCCGAGCGUUGGGCCAGAACGUCGGUAGUGUUGCGUUAUUUCGGAAUUAUGCUUUGCGUGCGGUGCUUGCGUUUGAUGUCUUCGGUAGGAACUCAGUUACCGGUUGA